CCUUCCCAUCUGGGGAGUUUCAAGAUGGCGGCGUGUUUAUGAAUCUUCUCGAACACGACCGCUGCUAACGCGAGAUAACGUGAGAUGGAUAAGAAGAAAAAACAAUAUAAUGUCACAGCUUCAUCGCUGGUUGAUUUGAAAGCAGAGCUUUAUAGGAAACAGGAGGCGUUCAAGCAGGACAAACUUGCUCAGGAUGCAGGGACUGCAUCCAAAUCACACAACCAUACAAAGAAACCCAGUGUAUGGAGUAAACAGAACCAAGGAGUGACUGCACGUGCUCAGAAGGAUGUGGAGAAAACGGCAGAGGAGGAACAAAGCCUGGACAGAUCGAGGCAGAAGCUGGAGGAGAAAGCACGCCUCUAUGAGCAGAUGACUAAAGGGGAUUUUCCAGACGAGGAGACGGAGAGUCUGUACCUGGUGGAUUUCACACAGAAGAUAAUCGAGCAGAAGAGAGCAGCACAGAGCAGAGAGGAUGAAGCAGGAGACAGAGAUGGAGAAGGAUCGGAGACGCGCGUCCCCGUCCCUCCCCCACAGAGUGCUGACGAGGAAUGGGUGGACUAUGUUGAUGCGCUGGGUCGAUCAAGAAAGUGUUUAAGAAAAGAUUUACAUCAGUUUCAGAAAAUGGACCAAGAUUUACACAGCAAGCGAGUGGUCGGAGCUGAUAGGACGCUGUUGUCUGAAGACAUGAGGCGAGAGAUGCAGAGAGAGCAGUGGGAGCGGGAGGAAGAAGAGCAGAUGAAGAGACCCGUAGGACCCGUUCACUAUGAAGACAUCCGAGAUGGAGAGGCCAGAGAUCUGGGUGUUGGGUAUUACGCUUUUUCUCAAGAGGAAGACCAGCGCAAGAAGCAAAGGGAAACUCUGGAUAUGCUGAGAGACCAGACCGCUGAGCAACGCACCAAGCGAGAGCAUCUGAAGGAGAGACGGAAAGCUCUGCUCGAGGCUCGACUGGCUAAAGUGAGAAUGAGGAAGACGAAGAAAAGCAAGAUGGAUCCCGGAGCCGAGGACGAGGAAGAAGCUCCUGUGCCUGAUGGAGCGGUUAAAGAAGGCGAGGACGAUCCCGAGGAUGUGAUCGGACCUCCACCUGCUCCUGAAGCUGCCGCCAAAAAGGUGGAGGUUGAAAUUCAGGAGAGAAAAGACUCGAGACCGGGAGUGCCGCAUGUGAGAGAGUGGGACAGAGGAAAAGAGUUCACAUGGGGUCAGUGGACGACUCAGAGACGGGACGAGAGGGAUUCGGAUUUUGCCCCGCCCUCGUCUUACUUCCUGGAUGAGAGACGAGCCGGUCGAGGCAGGUCGACGCAGGAAGCGCGGGGCAAAGGGAAACCCGGUUUCAAACGGUCUGAGGCGCACGGGGGAUGGGAUCAGGAUGGCACGGAAAGACGAGCUCAAAACACGCACGCAUCUUUUACAGACCAGAGCUCGUUCUCACAGCCUCAGCAAACGUCACAAGCACAUUCGGCACAGACACACGAUCUGGACGCCCUUUUAUCCUUCUAUAAAAACUCUGUUUGAACUUUUAACCCAGUUUAAUCCUUCUUGCACAGUCUCGGCCGCGUUUACUCACUCCCCCAUGUUCCUCCUUUCUAAAAAAAUAAGGCCGAAUGAGUAAUUUCCACUCUGUUUUGCUGGCUCUGCGAUUUUAGAUGGUUUUAGAUCUGGGUUAUUGAUGUAUUAUGAUCGUUUUUGAGUCCUGAAUGUCUCGUGCGAAUUAAAAAGAAAAGGGUCUUGAAUUGAA